UUGGUCAGAUCUACCUUCAGUUCCAUGGGAGGCUUUGAGGGCCAUCUGUACCCAGGACUGUCUCUCUUCUUCUAUGGACUUUAUCAUGCACGACUAGUCUCCAGGGCCUUAAUAUGCAACUACCCUGUCCAGUAUCUGCCACGCUAUCCCUGGAGCAAAGGACGAUGGGCAAGACUGCAGCAAGUAUGCUAUGUUGGGCUGGUGAAGAUAUUAAGUGCCUUCAUUUUAGCAGCCCAAGAGCUGCAUAACAUACAGGGACAGUUUGUACUUAUCAGCAAGAUAUAUCAUCAGAGAAACUUUUUGUACCGCAAACAGUGGCAACAUUUCACUCUCUAUAUGGCCUUCUUUCUGAGCGGGUGUGUGGAUGUGGUGAGCCAGAACUUGCUGCCCCAGCGGUGUGCUGCUCUGGAGCAGGGCGCCCAAGCCCUGGGCAUGUUUCUCUUUCUGCCUCUGAUGGUGUCUCACAUACAGGACUCCGAAGGUGUGGAGCUGCAGUCCCACGUCCUGCUCACCCAGGCCAUAUUCCUGCUGGCACUGGUGGUGGUCGCAGAGCUGUGGGCUCCCGAUAUGCUGCAGCUUUGGGUGAUGAAGGCCUUUUUUUAUAUGUUGACAGGCUCUUGGCUGAUUCAGAUAGGUUUUAUGCUGUACAAACCAAUUUCUGGCUAUAAAUGGAUGGACGAUGAUGAAAACGACAUUAUAUUUGUUACCACCUUCUUCUGCUGGCAUGUGGCUUUCAUUGCCAUUUUGAUGAUCUGGGUCUACGGCUUCUCCGUUGUGUGGUAUUGUUACAUUUGUUGAUGUCCGAACCUGGGGAAGCCCAGAAUGGUUCCUAUCACCUGCACAUUCUCAAACACCUGGAUGAGAAGUUGUGGGAAGUGGUGGUGUUAGAGAGGAAGACGACCAAGGCAGCAGACUCUCCUGGGAUGGACCUACCCCGUCUCCCCUCUGGCUUCUCUCAGUCUCAUUUGCUGAGCAGUGUGCUGGGACAGGCAACUGAAACACAAGAGGCAUGUCACAAUGACCUUCAUUCUCGGCUCCCCAAGUAUUUCCCCCACCUCCUCUUCCUCUCCUCAACUCCAGCCAAGGCAUUCUCUUUGCCUUUCUCCUCUCUGUAAUCUUCACAUCCCCCCCAGGAGAACAGAAAAAUAAAUGUACUAUAUC